UGUGAUGUCGUAACUUACCUAAUUAUCACUGAACGUGACUUCGCCUGCUUCGCAUGAGUUUUGAAGAGUCGCGUGCUUCGCCUCCUCCGACGACGUUUACCUUCCCGUGGGAUUGUUGCCUCACCUUCGCGUGCAUCGCGGGAAGUAGAGUUUUGAAACAGUCGAACGAGGCUUCUCGGCCCCUUAAACAACGUUGCUCCUGGUAAGAGCAGAUUUAUCUCGGCGUGAGAUUUCGGGAUUCUCAGAUACCGUUUGGUAGGAUUUACACUAUAUCCUGCUCAAAUCCUGCAUAAAUCCCGUUGCCAAACAGAAGGAUCUCCCGGUGGGUGCUCUGGAAUUUCUAUUGGAAUGUUGGUAUAAUGUUGGCAUAAUAAUAUGAUGUGGGAGUCGCUUAUGGAUUAGGCAAAGACUAUCUGCUUUCAAUGGGAGCAGUUGUAAGUAAAGCUGCUAGUGGCAUUGUUUCAGUUCUUGGCAGUGCUUUUGUGGCACCUAUAAAGGCCAUCUUUGGCAGGUCAUGCGAGGGCAUUUGUUCAGGGACAUGGGACUUGAUCUGCUUCAUAGAGCAUAUAUGCAUUGCUAGUCUUGUGAGACUGUUUAUUGUAUCCGUGCUCACCUAUAUAAUUCUGCUCUUCUUUUACCUCUUGUUCAAAGUUGGCAUCAUCCAAUGCAUUGGGAGAAGUUUUUGCAAAAUGACCUGGGCUGCUUGUGAGGCAUACUGGACGGCAUUGGAGGAUAUCAGCUGCUUCUUCUGGCAUAAACUGAAGGACACUAAGCGAGUCUAUCGAGGAAGGUUCGAGGACAUGGAAGAGGAGUUCAGCAGGACUGACACUGACCCUUCAGACGAUUAUGAGAGCAUUAGAGUCACGAAUAGGCGAAAGUCGGUUAGGGACAGACGGAAAGAUCGACUGAGACGAUCUUUGUAUCCAAAGAGCCACAGUUCAUUAAAAAGGAGACAAAGAAGUGGCCUUCACCACCAUGUGAGGUUGAAGACAAGUGAGGUUUCAGUCCAUGUUGAGGGCUCAAGAAGGAGAAAGAAGGCAGGGCAGAUCCAAGUGAGAAGCAGAGCCCAUCAUAUUGGACCGAAAUUGUUCAACAGGUAAUGAAGAUGAUGCUUAAAAUAAGGUUUUUUUUUCCCUUAUCAAGUUAUUGUGCUAAAAUUCAGACAAUUCUACAGUUCAUAGUGAAUAGAAGUACUUUUGUUUUACUGUUAUGAUGGUAAACAUCAGUGUUUUAGUACCUGUAUUGUUUGUUCACAUAAUUGUUAUGAAUUAUCUUUCAGCUGAAAUUAUUUAGACUUCUUUCUUUA